AUGAACCGAGUACUGGAAAUCGAUGCUAUAUUACAUCGAUUAAUAUCAGUUGAUGAAACAAAUUUGCUAGUGAACAGCGAUUGGAAUGAGGUUGCCGAUGACAUCGUUAGAAAGUUGAACAUGGUCCGCGCUCAAUGCUAUCGUCCGCUCUCUCCACGCUCGUCCGAGUGUUCGCCCCGCCCCUCGACUUCGCCACGCCCACUUGACCUAACGCCUCCGGCGAGCACUUUAAGCUCUGCAGCUAGCGAAAUUUCCGAAUUGCCCACAACAUGCGCUGAUAUGUCUUAUCAAAGUGCUGCACAUGCAUUUAAUCGUGAAAUCUUCUCAAGAUGUGUCCAGAUUGUGGAAGCUGCAGAAAAACAGGGACAUAUUGACAUGUACGCCGAAUUGCCCACAACGUGUGCUGAUGUGUCUUAUCAAAGUGCUGCACAUGCAUUUAAUCGUGAAAUCUUCUCAAGAUGUGUUCAAAUUGUGGAAGCUGCAGAAAAACAGGGACAUAUUGACAUGCAAAUGAUCUCACUUGCUCACCACUCCUACAUUGCCAUGGUACAUGAAGCUGAUAAAACUGAAGAUGCCAUCAAACUAGCCACUUGGUGGGACAAAUUCUUAGAAAGUGUUGAAAAAGGCCGUACUAACACAGAAUUGCUGGAAAUUUUGGAGAUGCGCUGUACGGCAUUGGAAAGCCUUCGAAAUCUCGAUCAUGCUAAUCGAUAUACAGUAGCGGAAAAACUACUUGAAACACUGAUCAGAAGCUAUAGGAUCUCAUGCAUAGUAAAUCGUCGCUUUCACACACGCACAUUGCGACGUUUGGAGAAAAUCGUUGAAUGGCUAGAUGACGUGGAACAUGGUGAUGAUAGAGAUGUCACAGAUGUUGAGAAGCUUUUUGAAGAAGCUCUGGAUGAGGCACAUAUCGAUCGACAUCGCUAUGAAGUUGAAACUGAGAUGACACUGAGAGAGCGACGAGAUCCAAAUUACACUACCUGCUGCGAAAUGCUACGUGCAUUAUCGUCCCGAACUCUUGGUAGCACUAUGACACCGACUGUUAACGCCAUUCUAAGCAAGCCGAUUGCACCACAUUCAAAAAACGAGAACUGGUCCCUAUCGUCGAACUCAGACAAUGAAGAAAUUGCAUGUUCACCAUGUGAAGAUGUUGUGAUUCGAUUCUAA